AUGGAUGGCGGCGCGGGGCUCAAUGUCCUCUCCGUCGAGACGUUCGGCACGCUCCAGGUGCCGUAUGACCAGCUUCAGCCUACCAAGUCUUUUUCGGGAGUGAUCGAUGGCUCCAACGUCCCCAUAGGGCAAAUCCGCCUCCCUAUCACCUUCGGCAAGCGCGACAACUACCACACCGAUUUCAUCGACUUCGACAUUACCCAGAUCCUUGGAUAUCCGGCCCUGGCCAAGUUCAUGGCUGUGAAUCACUACGGCUACAAUGUCUUCAAGAUGCCAGGAAGCGGCGACAUCAUCAUGAUCGCCUGUGAUGAAAAGGAUACAAUGUGCUCCCUCGAGCGCGCCUAUUAG